AUGACUGUUUUGCCCCUUUCUAUUCUCGCCCUCAUUGGGAGCACUUAUGGCCUCUCUAUUCCAUUUGAGCGUCGCUCCGUCGGCGCCCGCUCGACUACUGUGUCUGUGAAUCAGAACUCUAACGGAAAUAUAGGAUUCUCUAACGGUGCAGGAUUCGUUUACACUGCCACCAUCUAUGUGCAAGGACAGCCCUUCCAGGUCCAAAUCGAUUCUGGCAGUUCAGAUCUUUGGUUGGACACAUCCAAUGUCACCCUCGACGACCUUCAGGAUACAGGAGUAACUGGUUCCAUUGGCUACGUAGAUGGCUCGUCUGCAACUGGUCCGAUUGUCCUAGGCAACGUCAGUUUCGGCGAGUUCACCGUUAGUGGCCAGGCUUUCAUCAACGCUCCCGGCAGCAAUGCAACCUCUGCUGGCUUUGACCGCGGCUUGCUGGGUGUUGGCCCUCCAUUCGCAUCCUCUGUCUUCAAUGAGCUGAUCAACACGACAUAUGAUGGAUUGCCUUUCCUGGUCAAU